AUGCACCCAUACUCGCGCCCCUCGCCGCGGACAGCCUCGCCCGCCAGCAACCUGCAAACCAACCCCACCCGAACCAACAACCAGCGGCAUAAUAGCCAGGACAUGACUGCAUACUCGACCACGCCACCAUACAGCGACCGAGGUGCUGAAGAAUCGGAAGGCGAGAUGAUGUCAAGGGGAGAGCCCUCGUCCGAGUCGGACCAGAGGCACUACCAAAAGGUCAACCAAGUCAUCCAGAACUUCUUCACCAAAUCAGCCCUUGCUGUGAUAUCUUCCCGAGUAUCACUACCCCCAGGAUACAACAAGGACGGCAAGCUGAAGCACAACAAGUGGUUCAACGUCGUCCUUCCCGAUAGCGAUGUGCUCCAACGCCAACUCACCGAAUGGAAACUCAUGGAUGCUAUGGCCGGUCAGCAUCCAUCAUUAUGCAUCGACAUCUACCUGGACAUACAAGGACUCGGCCACAACCAAUCACUCGUUAUACACGACGAUGAGGGAAAGAAAUGGGAUGUCGCUGCAGCGCUGAACUCUGCAGAUGCCGCCUCUCGAUCGUCAGGUCGCGCCGGCAAACCUACACAAAUCGUGCUUGAGCGCUGGAGAGUACACGUCGGAGAUAAGAGCUCAAUACAACCAUCAGAGCUCAACGAUCCGCUCCCCAACGUGUACAAAAAGGCCGUCGUCACCUUUCGAUCGCUGUUCGCCUAUCUACGCUUUAUGCCCGCUUUCAGAUACAACAAGGUGCUUGCCAAGCAACCUGCAAAUGCGCCCUCGUUGAAGCUAAACUACCGCGUCUCAAAUGGCGAUUUCAGGAGUCCCAACGUCGAUACUCUGAGUCUGCCGCUGUACCCAACCGACGAGAAUGACAAGAUCACAGAACUGAACACGAUCGAACCCACCAACUCGCCUGUGGGGCCCCUUUGUGUGACAGUCGAGUAUCGUGCAAACUGCGACUUUAGCGUAGAAGAUUCCGAGUCACUUCUAAGCUCACAAUUCAUGGGCCUAGACGACACCUACUUUGAGCAAAGAACUCGCCAAAUGCCCGGAUCGCUUCCUGUCAACAAGAUGAAUGCACAAGAAAGCCCCGAUGUUGGACAAGCGUAUGGUAGCCUUUCCACAUUCCAUCAAGUUGGUCCGCCAACAGGAACGAGCCCAAUCUCAGCUCUUCGCGCAGUUCGGGAUCUUCCCUCAUCAUCCCCAAUGGAGUCACCACCACAAAAGCUGCCACCCAAUCAUCGCACUGCUCAAGGGUCCAAAUCCUCAUUACGCUCCGUAGACGCGCCGCAGUAUCAACGACGGACUUCUGUGUCUUUCCAACCUUUCAAGGCUGGCUCACUCUCAUCGUCUCCAGCCCUUGGAAGUGCGGUGCCUCCAUCUCCCACCAGCUCAGUAGGGAGGCCCAGUAGUUCACUUGGUCGGACUGCUACUCCGAAUCCGCUCACCCAACCACGUAAUCGAACAUCGCUGAACGCCCUCCCACAAACGGCUCUUCGGACACCUUCAUUACCCAAUGACACUGUCAUCACGUCUUCUGCAUCAAGCUCGCCAAAACCUGCACCUAUCAGUCGUUACAGUAGUAGCUUCGGUCAUAGGAGGAGCAAGUUCUCCACAGGAGGCAACAGCAAAACAGAAGACGACAAUCUCAGCAGCGGAAAGGGAAGUCUCUCAUCGUCCAUGCAACGCGGAUCCGAUACCUUGAACGAGGGGACUGGUGGCAGUUCGGGCGAGGUCAGGACCGACGAUGAGAACAUCUCUGACUUCCUGAAGCUCCUUGAGUCCAAGAAGGAUUUGAAGAGCUUUACUCGGAGUGAUCAAUCCGCCAAAGCAGCCACAAUGCACAAGACCACUGCUCAGCUUUCCAAAUAUCAGCGGAUGCGAGAGUCUCAUACCGGACUCGCUGAAUCAGUCUCUUCUUCUACUAUGCUUCAUCGCUCGUCAUCCUCCUCCAGUCGGCAUUUAUCCAGCGUUCCCGCGAUGAUCGCUGGCACGUCUGUGUCAACAGCUUCCUCGCCUGGCAAACCAAUCUCGCCACACACUCCACAUACACCUGCCAUCCCUUCUCGUCUCAGCGCGAACAGCAUCGCUGAAUAUGAUCAGCCUACACGCAGUCGAAGUCGACCUGGUCGAAGGGCGCGCGAGCAUGAUCCGAUCAACGUAGAAGAACAAAGCGAGAGCGAAGAUCAAAACAUGAAUGCCAUUGCCAUCCCAACAUCACCACGCCCAUGGCACUACACCCGCCGAUCGAGCUCUGUCUCCCAGCAAAAUCGCACACUCCCUGAUGAUGAACCGGACGUGUUCGGCGUACGAUCGGCCAGUCUUCCAUCCGAAGAGGUUGACCGCGCUAACGAUCUGCAUCGUCUGACCAGCGCAGGUCUUACUUCUAGUGGACUUUUCGCCCAAACGGAGAUGCUAGCCAGUGGCAACCGCGAUAACCAGAACACCGAUAACGACUCUCGCGACGACUUGCCCCGGCCGUUAUCAACUUCCAACAUGCCCACCAAGCGCGGCACCCAGGCUAGUGCACGUGGUCGCGGCGGGUUCUUCUCGCAUAGCUCUUCUACUACCCUCAGCACAGGCGGCACAAGCUCAACUGAGCGUCAAAGUCGCUACAACUUCAAUAGCCGUGCCGCAACCAACAUUGACGAUGACGAGCCCCUGCUCUUCCAAAUGAGUGAGAUUGGUGCUGGGGGCUCCCGGCGCAGUCUUGAAGAAGCACGAGGUGGAUCUGGCACAGGCAGCGGAGGGAAGCGUGGAUCGUACUUCCGCUGA